AUGGCUGUGCCCCUUGCGCAGCAGCUGCGCCAGGAUGGCGUCCGCGAACGUCCUGCCCAACUGACGGCCCAGGUGCAGCACAGGCGCGCAUACAUCAGCCAGGAGACGGUGACCAUCAAUAACCGUGAAGCGCUCUGGAUGCGCCGCAAGAUGGAGCUUCAGGUGCAGCAGGAUCGCAUUGACCAAGAUGUUGCGCAUCUCCUCCACCAGCAGCAACAGUGGCACUGGCAGCAACAGCAGCAACAGCAACAACAGCAGCACUGGCACUGGCAGCAAAGCGUGGCGUGGGUGCAGCGGGAGGUGGUGCGCCAUUGCACGCGCAUUCGCCAAUCAGCACCAGGCACCACCCGCGGACCCGUCCGUCCUUCGUCUCCAUGCACCCGGUCAUGGUCCACGCCUUGA